AUCAGUUUCGACUACGUCUAGACUUGUUGUACGGUGAAAAUGUCUGGCCGCGGGAAGGGAGGAAAAGGCCUCGGUAAAGGUGGCGCUAAGCGUCACCGCAAGGUUCUUCGUGACAACAUCCAGGGAAUCACCAAGCCCGCCAUCCGCCGUCUGGCUCGCCGUGGUGGAGUCAAGCGUAUCUCCGGUCUCAUCUACGAAGAGACCCGCGGUGUGCUCAAGGUGUUCCUGGAGAACGUCAUCCGUGACGCCGUCACCUACACCGAGCACGCCAAGAGGAAGACCGUGACCGCUAUGGAUGUGGUGUAUGCCCUCAAGAGACAGGGCCGCACCCUCCCGGCGCAUACACUGUUCCUAGCGUUCAACGGAAGAGUAGAAAUGGCAAGAACAAAGCAGACCGCUCGUAAAUCCACCGGAGGAAAAGCUCCCAGGAAGCAGCUGGCGACCAAAGCAGCUCGUAAGAGCGCACCGGCCACCGGGGGAGUGAAGAAGCCUCACCGCUACAGGCCCGGCACCGUGGCUCUGCGUGAGAUCCGUCGCUACCAGAAGUCCACCGAGCUGCUCAUCCGCAAGCUGCCCUUCCAGCGUCUGGUCCGUGAGAUCGCUCAGGACUUCAAGACUGACCUGCGCUUCCAGAGCUCUGCCGUCAUGGCUCUGCAGGAAGCCAGCGAGGCUUACCUGGUGGGGCUGUUUGAGGACACCAACCUGUGCGCCAUCCACGCCAAGAGAGUCACCAUCAUGCCCAAAGACAUCCAGCUGGCCCGCCGCAUCCGCGGAGAGCGGUCUUACUGCAUUCAAACAGCAACUCGUUGCGACUCAACAGCAGUGAUCAUGCCUGAGCAAAUGAAAGCACCCAAGAAGGGCUCCAAGAAAGCCGUGUCAAAGGCUACCAAGACCGGCAAAAAGAAGAGGAAGGCCAGGAAGCAGAGCUACGCCAUCUACGUGUACAAGGUUCUGAAGCAGGUCCACCCGGACACCGGCAUCUCCUCCAAGGCCAUGAGCAUCAUGAACUCGUUCGUCAGUGACAUCUUCGAGCGCAUCGCCGGAGAAGCUUCUCGUCUGGCUCAGUACAACAAGCGCUCCACCAUCAGCUCCAGGGAGAUCCAGACGUCUGUCCGCCUGCUGCUCCCCGUAAAUAUGUCUGGCCGCGGGAAGGGAGGAAAAGGACUCGGUAAAGGUGGCGCCAAGCGGCAUCGCAAGGUUCUUCGUGACAACAUCCAGGGGAUCACCAAGCCCGCCAUCCGCCGUCUGGCUCGCCGUGGUGGAGUCAAGCGUAUCUCCGGUCUCAUCUACGAGGAGACCCGCGGUGUGCUCAAGGUGUUCCUGGAGAACGUCAUCCGUGACGCCGUCACCUACACCGAGCACGCGAAGAGGAAGACCGUGACCGCUAUGGAUGUGGUGUACGCCCUCAAGAGACAGGGCCGCACCCUGUACGGUUUCGGCGGUUAAACGAU